ACAGUCAUUUAGAAAUACAUUACAAAAACACAGUGAAAAUAAAGUAGCAUUUUGAGGGUUAAGGUCUGUUACCAUGGUAAAUUUGCGCGCAACGAGCACAGUAGCCUAUGACUGACAGGACUGGAAAGUUCGUUUUUUUUUAGGUGAGGGAAUUUUUAUUUUAUAACAAGUUAUAAAAACGUUAGAAUAAUGACACCGAUAUAAAACUUGACAACAUCUCAUUUGACCGUAAAUACUGAAUGAGGAAAAAGCGUUUUUGAUAGUCAACCGCUUUCACGCACGUCUGUCAAAAUAAAAGUCUAGCGUCAGAAAAAAACAGAAUUACGUUUGUUGUUUCUUUGAAUGCACACUCCGCAAUCCACUCAAAACGUUUUUGCGACCCACCAGUUGAAAACACUGCUUUAAUUUAUGUUUUUUGAUGACUUAAGGUUAACUAAAGAGCAUGAGACGUCAUCCUGCUGGUCAGUAACGUUAUUUGGCAAUGGCAUAGCCUAUUUCAUUCUGUAACAAACAUAUUUGUAUUAUGCUAUUGUUUUUGUUGGUGUUAAUCAUUUCUUUCAGAUAUUAACGAUGAUCACUGCGUUUGUCUUACCAAUGGUGGUAUCUUCCUGUCAGCAAUUAAGUUACAGUUUGUCUGUAAGCUUUUUUUUAUUAAUGUACAAUGUUGCCAGAUAUUGCUAUGAAAAUCAAGCAAUUUCAAAAAGAAAGAAAAAGAUAUCCGAAAUAAGUUCAAAGCUUGUGUUUUGUGAAUGAGAUUAAUAUAUCACUAACACUAACGUUCAACUUUACACUUUAUAAACGUCCCAAGACUCCCAAAGUGUCACAAUAAAUUGGAAAAACGAGUAAAAACACGUAUAAUAGGUGCAUCUGGCAACAAAUGGAGGCAUACCCGCGCUCUCACUCAACGCGCUCUCAAGCCGCGUUCACUGCGCUAGCUUCUCGCAGCAACAUGAUGAAUUGCAAACACUCAUAUGAUAUGGGGUGGUUUAAAUGGCAAAAUAAUCAUUCAGAGAGCUUGACAUUUUAUUUUUGAAUAUAAAAAAAUGACCGAGGUCCGGACCUCGGUGACCUCAUAGCUGGCUACGGCCGUGGGGCCAAUUUGAUUUUUUGUCAUGGGGCCCAAACUUCCUGGCGGCGCCCCUGUGCUGAUCAGUCUGCUUAUUAGUUCAUUCAUUUCUAAUUUGAUCAAAACAUAAAUUUAAAAAUGUUUAUGUCAUCUUUUCUGCUUCUAUCGGUUCUGUGAUUAGGCGUUCACAAGGACUUCAGGGUUGGUAAAGUGUGGAGCCUGCAGCAGUGCGGGCUUCGCCGAAGACCGCAUCAAGGGUGCAAAGGGGGCGCUGAUGAGCACACUUCAUAGCGUACAAAUGACAGAUGGGACACAAUCCGGAAUCGUGCACUAAGCGUGAACGCGCAAUUUAAGGCCACGAGACCGCAAGUCCAUGUGUCACGUUUUUUUUAUCUUAGCAGGCAUUUGUAGUAAAUAUGUUUACAAGUGUUUACUGAUUUUUAAACGUUUUAAAAGGCAAUGAGGAUCAGUCCAUUUAAACCUCCUGUCGUGAAGUCGAACGCACCCGGCGUUGAGAAUCCUUCGUAUACAGGCUCGUGUAUAAACAGGCCUUUAGAAGGGUGCAUACGGAGUGUCCUACAUGCUUUUAUGAAAAGAGAAAGCCACGAUAACGUUGCAGAAUUCAAAUGAGACCUCCGAAUGCGUCGCCUUCCGAAACGAGACUCAGUCAUAGGUAGAUUAGAUAAUUAGGUUGUGGGUUAGGGUACAAGUUUCAUAAGACUAGACACAGCAAGAACGUAUCCAAGUUUAAAAAGCCACGCCCAUGAAUCUGACUCGGAGCUUUGUUUUUCUUCAAUGGUGUGCAUCUUUCCUGAAAUACACCAUUCCUGAAUUACACCAAGCUUGAGACUUGGAUUCACCUUCUACUGUUGCAAACAUGACAUCAGAGAUUAUAUCACAGCUGAUGGGAGCGUGGAUGGAUGUGCAGGGAAUCCUGAUAUUCCUCUGUGUUCUGCUGUUGCUGAAGAACAUGUUUGAUUUUCGAUUCAGCAACAUGCCCCCUGGUCCCUUCCCUCUGCCCUUCAUUGGAAACCUGAUGAGCAUCGGUUUUAAUGACCCAAUGGAGAUCUUUCCAAAGAUUGCCGAGCGAUAUGGAGGCGUGAGCACGCUGUACCUUGGAAGAAGACCCUGUAUACUGCUCACUGGAUAUGAGGCUUUCAAAGAGGCCUUUGUGGAACAGGCAGACGUGUUCAUGGAACGGCCGUUCUUCCCUGUAAAUGACAGAAUCUGUAACGGGAAAGGUCUGAUCUUCUCUGGUGGCCACAUGUGGCACCAGCAAAGGCGCUUCGCGGUGGCGACGCUGAAAUAUUUUGGUGUGGGAAAGAAAACCCUGGAAAACUCAAUUCUGCAAGAGUGUCAGUUUGUUUGUGAGGCUCUGCGGGUUGAACGAGGUCUGCCGUUCAACCCUCAUGACCUGUUGAACUGUGCAGUGGGGAAUAUAAUAUGCAGUUUGGUUUUUGGCUACAAGUUUGAAUACGACGACCAACGUUUUUAUCAGCUGUUGAAGUACUCGGAUGACACCUUUAAACUGCCUAUCAAUAGAUUUGGUCGGCUGUAUAACGAGUUUCCAACCCUGAUGUCCUUUCUGCCGGGGCAACAUCAGACGACGUUUGCCAACCUUUCCAAGCUUAAGGUCUUUUUUCAGGAGGAAAUUCAAAAACACAGAGAAGACCGAAACCCAUCCAGUCCCAGAGAUUACAUUGACUGUUAUUUGGAUGAAAUUGAGAAGUCUAAGGACAGCGAAGCGGAGUUCACAGAAGAAAAUCUGAUCCACUGUUUGCUGGAUCUGUUUGGAGCGGGAACAGAAAGCACCGCUAAAUCACUCAGCUGGGGUUUGCUCUAUAUGGCCAAGUACCCAGAAGUGCAAGAGAAAGUUCAGGCAGAGAUCGAUCAUGUGAUCGGACAGACGCGUCAACCGCUGAUGGAGGAUCGGACGUACCUGCCGUACACUUACGCUGUGAUUCAUGAGGUUCAAAGGUUUGCAAACGUUCUUGCCUUCAUUCCGCCGAGAGUCGCCUGCAGAGACACAACAGUGGCCGGAUAUCUCAUUCCCAAGGGUGUGAUGGUUCUUCCAAUGCUGAAGCCUAUCCUAGAGGACAAGAAAGAGUACAGCGCUCCACACGAGUUCAACCCAACGCACUUCCUAGAUGAAAAUGGCAAAUUUCAGAAGAGAGAAAGAUUUAUUCCCUUCUCAAUAGGUAAGAGGAUGUGCUCAGGUGAGCAGCUGGCUCGUAUGGAGCUCUUUCUCCUCUUCGUCUCUUUGAUGCAGAAUUUUACCUUCCUGCCACCUGAGGGAGAAACUCUGAGUCUGAAAAGGACGGUGGCCAUCGCAUCUGCUCCUGAACCCUUCCGUAUACGUGCCAUACCUAGAUAAUGAACCUUAUUUAAAGUGAUAGUAAACCCAAAAAUUAAAAUUCUUCUGCAGAACACAAAAGAAGAUGUUUUGAAGAAUGUUGGUAACCAGCACACAUUCACAUGCAUUGGUUUUGUUUCCCUACAGUAGAACUCAAUGGUUGCUGGCGCUGUUCUGUUACCAACUUUCUUCAACAUAUCAAUUUUGUGUUCUUUGGAAAAGAGAAAGUCAAACAGGUUUGAAAGGACUAGAGGGUGACAGAAUGAUGACAGCCUUUUUAUUUUUGGGUGAACUAUCCCUUUAAAAUAGAAUAAAUGACUUAACACAAUAGAUCCUUUUCAAGCAGUUUGUUUGACAAGGGGUCUGCCAAUCAUAACGCCGAUAUUAUGUUCCCAGUGACUGACUGCUAUUUUGUCCAACAAACAAACCAGUCCAACAAACCAUGCGUAGUAGAGCUUUGGGGCCAGUUGCACCAGCUGGUAGUACAACCAGCCGUAAAACUAGUCUGGACUUUAGUCCUGCGUAGAAUUUACACCGAUUGCACCACAAAGGCAUAGUUUACAUCAGAUACUAAACCUUACGUCUAGUCAGAGGAAGCCGCUGCCGCGAACCGACCGUCAUGGACCAGAAUGCAUUUGCAAGUGGAAUUCUGCUUUUACCUCUUUGGUGAUCUGACGUUUUUUGUCGUGGCGGUUUUUAAGAUGGUCUUUCUUUUUGUUUGUCCUUAGGAAGUGCCACUUGCACACAGUUAACAAGUGGAAAGUUAGGUUCCAGCUGUUCACCUGCCACCUGCCAUGUGUCUGCACAGUGUAUGUGAUGACGUAAGGUGUCUGUGUGAACAGGGUCUGCAGUGGGAUUCAAAAUACGUUGACUGAGAAUGUACACACUAUCUAUCAUUGCGGUUCUCCAAUAUAAUGAUUGGGCAACAUUAUUUUGGUCCUACAUCUUUCGCACACCAUAUAUAAAUAUAAAAAUGUCCUCGGGGAUGCGCAUUGUCUAAAAUUAGCGUAGCUGAUCCUGGUCGUAGUUUUAGAUGGCGCAACAUGUUUAAAUAUUUAUCACACGUCUGGUCGUAGUUAAGUCAGACAUUGGACUAACCAACUUUUUAUGUCGAGCUGGUGCCAUCAGCCCCAGUUGAUUAAUAUAUAUAUAUUUUUUUUUUUCUGUGCUAAUAUUUUAUCGUUUAGAAUUGUGUGGAAAAAACACUGAAAAUAAAACUCAAACUUAUUGUAAUUGCAAUGUAUGUUGGAAUCUGGUUGGCUGAAUCCUGGGGAUCACGUUAGACACCUCAGCCAAUAAUAAAACAGCCUCUAGACUACUUUCCUGCUUUCCGUAGAAGGUUGCAGACUUUCCAUUUUUCUCAGUUUCUUUGGAAAUGUGGAUAUGACGCCAUUGACAGACGUGUCAAUACGUCCAAAAAAUUUACUUGUCAUUUGUUAAAAUGCUGAUUUUCUCACAAUUUACAAAUAGUUGGAAACAUUUGGGAUAUUGUAAGUACUCAACUGAACAAAAUAUAUAACAUCGGCCUAGUGGUUUUUGGAUAUUUUACUGCAAAAAUGUUACAUAUUGUACCUUUAAACUAAAUGCUUGAAUUGUUUGAAUCAGUUUUCUGCAUUAUCAUUACUUAAAUCUUGAAAAUAAUAAUGCAUGUCAAAUAGGGAAAGAAUUUGGUAACUGUAACUAAGAAACACAUUUUAGUGAAUGUAUGUGACUUAAGCAAUUGUUUCCCAACAUUUACCACACCGCAAAGAGAAAAAAGAGAGAGAAUCUACACAAUUUAUACUUUGCAAAAUCUUUAUUUGCUUUUUUUGUACACUGCCUAAUUUUUCCAACAACAUUAAAAGAUCAAGCUUU